GGUAUCUGAAGGAAACUGAUUAUCGAUUCACACUCAGGUUGCUGUUUUAUUUUUGGUUUUAUUUUGAAAAAGGCAAUGUCUGAUUAGGGGACUCAGCAGCAGCCACAGGUGGAAGUGGUGAUGAAGGUGGAAGGUGAACAAACUUCAACCUCCAUUCCUCCUCCUCCACCUCUGACUGCUACUCAGCGGAUGAAGGAGUUGGAAGAACAGUUGCGGCAGCAGCAGGCCAGGCUUGCAGCGUUGGAACAGCAGGAGGCAACUGAGCUAGAGGCUGCAACAGAUCAUUCCAGAAGAGAAUAUAUGUUGCAGCAGCUAGACAAGGCACUCACAGAUGAUCGUUGUGCCCAGAUCACCAAGCACAUGGCAAAGAUGAUCCUGCUGGAACACAAGAUCACCAGUUCACAAUUCACGAACUGGGAUGACCGCUUUGUGCGAUUGGAGCAUCGGGUUGACGAACUGUCAGCUCAGCAGUCUAAGAUCCUGGAUGCUAUCCAAAGCUUGACUGCUCAGUUGGCAGCCGCCAAGUUGAUUGCCCCUCAGCUCCCUCUGCUGCAACCCAAACCUUCUCCUCCUUCUUCGCCCCCUUCUACUCCCCCUGAACAGACCAAGGUGGCGACUGUUCUGGGGCUGCUGGAAGGGCCUGCACUGAAGUGGGCCACUUCCACUUCCAGCAAUCUGCAGCAGUCCAUGGAGGACUGGGCUUUUGGGCUUGGGGUGGACAAAUUUCUGCAGGCCCUGGAGGACCGAUUUGCAGACAAGGAGCGAGCCCUAAAGGGUGCUGACAGGAUUGCUCCCCUGGGACAGCAGCGGUGCACUGGGACUCUGCAGGCCUUGUUUGUUGAGUUUGAGCAGCUCACCUCCACCCCUAGGUUGGUCAUGUCUACUGACAAUCUGCUGACCAACUUUUGCAGGGCAGCGCCUGAGAAAUUUGAUGUUGCACUGUACAGCGCUGGGCACAAGGACUGGAGGUCCUUUGGCCACGCUGCCCUGGAAAUGGAGGCAAAGCUCCAUGUCCAGGCCCCAUCCUCUAACAGGAGGAAAGGUGCCUUCCCUAGAGGUGGCAGAAGGGGAAAGGCAGCCUUCACUCAUGUGGGGUCUGCAUCAGGAUCAGAUUCAGAUUCCCAGGCUGACGCACCUUCAACUGGGACUGGAUCUGUUGCUGAUCCUGAUGUUGCAGCAGCCGUGACUCAAGCUGUUCAGGGACCUCUGCAGCUGCAGAGGAAGUUCUUCCCCACCACAGCCUCAGCCACUGCCAAGGGGAAUGAUAAGGGACGUCGACCUUCCUCUUCCCAGCGCCCUAACUUCCCCAAAGAUGUCCGGAUGCCAGCUGACCCUCUCAAUCCCUCCACACUCCCCUGGCAUGACCUCAAGAUCCAGGAGGGAGUCUGGAGAAGAAGAAAGGAAAGAGGGGUCUGCCUGAGGGGUGAGGGACAUCACUUCUUAAAGGAUUGCCCUUACAUGCCAGGCCCAGAUGCUCCCCCUGUUUUCUGUCCUCCUGAGAUACAGCAGGUGGUAGAUCAGUAUACUGAUCUGAUGCAGGAGCCCUUUGGGUUACCCAACCGGCCGACCAAGCAUCACAUCGAGUUGCUGCCUGGAGCGGUCCCUCCCAAGGGCCGCAUCUACAGGAUGUCCCCUGCUGAGCUUGAAGAGCUCAGAAAGCAGCUUGAGACCCUGACCAGCAAGGGCUGGAUCAGACCCAGCACAUCUGAAUUCGGUGCACUUGUUCACUUUGUGCCCAAAGGGAAUGGCGAGUUCAGAAUGUGUAUUGACUACAGGGGUCUCAACAAGAUCACUAGGAAGAGCACUGAGCCAGUUCCUAGGAUCGAUGACCUCCUGGGCAUGGUGCAGGGCUGCACAAUGUUAAGCAAAGUCGACCUCAAAUCUGGCUACCACCAGAUUGAGAUGGCAGAGGAGGAUGUCUAUAAGACAGCCUUCAAUACCAGGUAUGGGACUUACGAGUUCCUGGUCAUGCCAUUCGGACUUUGCAAUGCCCCAGGCACCUUCCAGACAGAGAUGCACUGCAUCUUCAGACCUUACUUGAACAAGUUUAUGGUUGUCUACCUGGAUGAUAUUCUGGUAUUCAGCAAAACUGUCAGGGAACAUGCGAAGCACUUGGCUCUUGUCCUUCAGUCGUUACGUGACAGCCAGUACAAGAUCAACAGAGAGAAGUUCUCCUUUGGAGUUCCCUCUGUUAUCUACCUGUGUCAUGUAAUCUCUGGAGAUGGUCUGGCUCCUGAAGCAGCCAAGAUUGCUGCUAUUCAGGAGUGGCCUCAACCUCAGACAGUGAGGGAUGUCCGGUCCUUCAUGGGUUUGGCCUCCUACUACAGAAAGUUUGUCAGGAACUUUUAUACAGUGGCUGCACCCCUGACUAACCUGACAAAGAAGGACACUCCCUUUCUUUGGUCCCUUCACUGUCAGUUGGCCUUCACACGACUCAAGAAGGCCUUGACUCGUGCGCCUGUACUGAAGUUACCUGACCCCACUUUGCCAUUCAUCCUGACCAUUGACGCCAGUCAGUAUGGCAUUGGGGCAUUUCUUCAGCAAGAUAAUGGGAAUGGUCUACGGCCUGUAGAGUUUAUGAGUAAGAAGAUCAAAACUCAAAAGCUCCAGGACUCCACCUAUGAGAAAGAGCUAUAUGCUCUUGUCUGUGCCCUGAAACACUGGAAACACUUUCUCCUGGGCAGACACUUCAAGAUCUUUUCAGAUCACUCCACCUUACAGUGGAUGAAGUCCCAGGGAGAGUUGAAUGAUAAGUUGGCACGGUACAUUCAGUUCAUUGACAUGUUUGACUUUGAAAUGAAGCAUAAGAAGGGCUGCUACAACAAGGUGGCAGAUGCCCUCUCUCGUAGGCCCGACUCUUUUGCGCCGACCUCCUCUACUCACUCCUUUGGAGAGGAGACCCGUCAGACCAUUGCUCGUCUACUGCCUCAGGACGAGACUUUCGGACCCAUUGUCAGGAAUCUGCAAGCAGAUGCUAACUCUGAACCAGGCUAUGCUCUGAGUUCAGAUUUGCUGUAUACUUGCAGCAGAGGUGAGGAGCGCUUGUGCAUUCCCCAGGACCAGCGGCUCAGGACACUGCUGAUGUCAGAGUGUCAUGACGCCCGUGGACAUUUGGGGUUCCUAAAGUCUUAUGCAGCCCUGUCGCAGCGCUUCUUCUGGAAGGAGAUGCGGAGUGAUAUGCUGCGCUAUGUGGACACCUGUGAGCUCUGCCAAAGGAAUAAGGUCCAGCGUAGACCUCCUUUGGGACUGCUCAAACCCCUACCCAUACCUAAUGGCCCUGCUGAAUCUGUGUCGAUAGACUUCACAGAUUUAGGCAGACCACCCCUCGGGGCAUGCGUCAGGUUAUGGUCUGCGUGGACAGGUUCUCCAAAUACGCACAGUUCAUCCCCUUGCCAGAGGUAGCUAGGGUACCGGCUGUGAGAGCAACCUUCUCUUAGAGGUGGGUCACACACCAUGGACCGCCCACUUCUAUUGUUAGUGAUUGAGACCCCAAAUUUUGCAG